AUGUGGAAUUUGUGCUGUCUCUGUCAAAUUUGGAUAUCAUCGUCGGCACAUCAAUGCCUGCUGUUGUUGCUGUUGUACACGGUGGGACGGACGGAUGAUGCCUUGUGGAUCCGCGGGAUGAUGUCAUGUACCGUUGCACCCCACGUGGGGGCCGUCGCUCUCCGAUAGGCAGAUGUGGCCGUAUUCCUUCCGAGUAAUGCGAUUGGACAGAUAGGCGCUUUCACGGCAGUUCAGCCCUGCUGCCUGUGUGUGGCAACCGGGGUAAGCUGGACAACUGGGGGAAACGCGAGAUUGUGGAGAGUACCAUGUUACGCUUUUAAAGAAUCUCCAACCUCUUCGAGUCGGAAGACAGAUUUUGGAAGCAUAUUUAUUUAUUUUUUCUUCUUCUUCUUCUUCUUUGUGGGAUUAACCAGCCGCAGAAGGCGCACAUUCCUCGGAGGUUCGCGGUUGAAGAAUAAAGUAUAGUUUAAUCGAGCCCGACCGCACUAAAAAUUUUUCUCCCAGCCUGGCUGGGUGCGUUUUGGAGAGAGCGAGGGAGAGAGGAUGCUUGACGAAAACUGCGUCCACCAGGCUUACAUUAGGAGGGAUUAAACGCAUGAAUUAUAGCCUGCUCAGUAUUUUCUUCGGGAGCAGAAGUCGGACGGACGCUUCGGACUCACGCACGGGAUUUUCACGACCUCCCUCCCCCCCUCUCCUCAUCCCCUGCCUCCCCCCUCCCUCACUCCCCUCGGCCCUGUCUGCUGAGACUGGUGUGGCUGUGAGCAAAUUUCACCCGUUUUGCCAAAGGACCUGUACACUGGAGGGAUAAACAAAGGAUACAUUUCAAGAUGUAUCCACAAGGCCGACAUCCGGCUCCACAUCAGCCUGGCCAGCCUGGCUUCAAAUUCACCGUAGCAGAGUCUUGUGACAGGAUUAAAGAUGAAUUUCAAUUCCUGCAAGCCCAGUAUCACAGUCUUAAGGUGGAGUAUGACAAACUGGCCAAUGAGAAGACAGAGAUGCAGCGCCACUAUGUCAUGUAUUACGAGAUGUCCUACGGGCUGAACAUAGAGAUGCACAAGCAGACGGAGAUUGCCAAACGGCUCAACGCAAUUUUAGCUCAAAUUAUGCCUUUCCUGUCACAAGAGCACCAACAGCAGGUUGCUCAGGCAGUAGAGAGGGCUAAGCAGGUGACUAUGACUGAGCUGAAUGCCAUCAUCGGGCAGCAGCAGCUCCAGGCACAGCACCUCUCCCAUGCUGCCCAUGGGCCUCCAGUCCAGUUGCCGCCUCACCCCUCGGGCCUGCAGCCCCCUGGUAUCCCCCCUGUGACGGGCUCCGGAUCAGGGCUGCUGGCGCUAGGAGCUCUGGGAAGCCAAGCCCACCUCCCAGUAAAGGAUGAAAAGAACCACCAUGAUCUCGAACACCGAGGUGAGAAGAAGAGCUCGAAUAACUCAAUAUCCCCAUCAGAAAGCUUACGCACAGCCAGUGAGAAGCAUCGCAGCUCCUCAGACUACAGCUUGGAUUCUAAGAAACGCAAAGUGGAGGAGAAGGACAGCAUGAGUAGAUAUGACAGUGACGGAGAGAAAAGCGACGACUUGGUGGUCGAUGUGUCCAAUGAGGAUCCUGCCACUCCACGGGCAAGCCCAGCCCACUCACCACCUGAAAAUGGUAUUGACAAGCCCCGCCCCCCAAAGAAAGACACACCCAACAGCCCCGCAUCAGUGGCGUCAUCUGGAAGCACCCCUUCCUCCAAGGCUAAGGAGCUCAGUCAUAAUGACAAAUCCUCCACGCCUGGUCUCAAAUCCAACACCCCCACCCCCCGAAACGAUGCCCCCACCCCUGGCACCAGCUCCACUCCUGGGCUCAGACCCAUCCUGGGCAAGCCACCAGGCAUGGAAGCUCUCGCAGCCCCAGCUUUGCGCACACCUCUAUCCAUUGCAGGUUCCUAUCCUACCCCCUUUGCUAUGAUGGGCCAUCAUGAAAUGAACGGAGGCCUGACUAGCCCUGGGGUGUAUGCUGGUCUGCACAUCUCCCCUCAGAUGAGCGCUGCAGCAGCAGCAGCCUAUGGACGCACUCCCAUGGGGUUUGAUCCUCACACCCACAUGAGAGCCCCGGGCCUCCCAGCCAGCCUCACAUCUAUUUCUGGCGGCAAACCAGCGUACUCCUUCCAUGUCAGCGCAGAUGGUCAAAUGCAGCCUGUGCCCUUCCCACCCGACGCCCUCAUUGGUCCCGGUAUUCCACGCCACGCCCGUCAGAUCAACACACUGAGCCAUGGCGAGGUGGUCUGUGCUGUCACCAUUAGCAACCCCACACGUCAUGUUUACACUGGUGGCAAAGGCUGUGUCAAAAUCUGGGACAUGAGCCAACCAGGCAGCAAGAGCCCCGUGUCCCAGCUGGACUGUUUGAACAGGGAUAACUACAUCCGCUCCUGUAAGCUACUGCCUGAUGGUCGCACAUUGAUUGUCGGAGGCGAGGCCAGCACACUGACCAUCUGGGAUCUGGCCUCUCAGACACCGCGGAUCAAAGCUGAGCUCACCUCCUCAGCCCCGGCGUGCUACGCCUUGGCCAUCAGCCCUGAUGCCAAAGUCUGCUUCUCGUGCUGCAGUGAUGGAAACAUUGCCGUUUGGGACCUGCAUAACCAGACUCUCGUUAGGCAGUUUCAAGGUCAUACGGAUGGUGCUAGCUGUAUUGACAUAUCCCAUGAUGGCACUAAGCUGUGGACGGGUGGUCUCGAUAACACUGUUCGCUCCUGGGAUUUGAGAGAGGGUCGACAGCUGCAGCAGCACGACUUCACUUCACAGAUCUUUUCUUUGGGCUACUGUCCGACUGGCGAGUGGCUUGCUGUGGGAAUGGAGAGCAGCAACGUGGAAGUGCUCCACCAUUCAAAGCCUGACAAGUAUCAGCUCCACCUGCACGAAAGCUGUGUCCUUUCCCUCAAGUUUGCCUACUGCGGUAAAUGGUUCGUAAGCACCGGGAAGGACAAUCUGUUGAAUGCUUGGAGGACUCCUUAUGGCGCCAGCAUAUUCCAGUCCAAGGAGUCCUCAUCUGUCCUGAGCUGUGACAUUUCUGCAGACGACAAGUACAUCGUGACAGGCUCUGGUGACAAGAAGGCCACUGUGUAUGAAGUGAUCUAUUAGAAGAGACUGCUUUGGAUCGGAGCAUGCUCAUGCUCAGGAACAGUAGACACUUCCUCCAUCCUCCUUCCCUCACACAGACAGCAUGGAUGUUGCCUGCAGCUCCAAGGUGGAUGGGCAGGAAGUUUGGCAGUGCCAGACGAAAAUGGAUGGUGGUGUUAUUGUGGCACUGGAUGCUGUGUCCUUCGGCUCUGCCCUUCCUCACUCAUACAACUAACACUUGUACAGCGAGUGCAGUUUCCCAAGGCACCGAGAAGAAAAUAAUGUCUUGCUGUUUCUGUUUGUUGGAUAUUUCUUUUUUUAUUCGUCCUUUUUAAUGUGGAGAUAAAGUUCCAUGACACAAGUAGAAGCGGCGCUUCGCUCUGGAGCUUCUCCUUGGAGGUCCUGUGAAAAGUGUACAUAAUGGAGUAAUAAAAGGCCUUUUAUAGAUUUAUAUUUUGGUGUCCAGUUACGCUUGUGAUGGUUCUUUCUUGUUCUCUCCGUGAUUUUCUGUCCCCUCCGGGGAUGGAAAUUAGAUUAGGACUUUGUAAGAGGAUAUUCUAUUUCAGUUUUUUUUUUCCCCCUCCUCGGCUUUUUUUUUUUUCUCAUGUUCCUUGUCCAAAAUGACCUUUUCGGAAAUCUAAUUUGUAUUUUUUUUUUCUCCCUGACAAAGGCUUUUUUUUUCUUCGCUAUUUGCUGUAUCACAGACAUUUGUCCCAUGGAUUUUUGCAGUCGAGAAUUCUGGAAAGGCUUUUUUUUUUCUGUAGGGAGGAAAAAAUCAUGGUUUCCAGUUAUGUUUACCCUUUUGACCCUGAUCAGCAGAAUUUCAGCUUUGAAAUGAAGACCUUUCACUGAACCCUGGCUCCUGUCUAUAACAUCAAAAUGGAUUUAUAUCAACUGUCGGAUUGAUGGGUUUUACAGAGAAGCAGCUGUGACUUGAGCUCACUCUGUUGACUCAACCACUGUAUGAAAACUUUGCUCCACUCUGCAAAGUUUAGCCAUCAGUCUAUUAGAGAUCGUUAUUGCCGCUUGUGUUUGCGAGCCUGUGACUGAUAUGCAAGACUUGGUUACUCAUAAAGGACGCAGGCAAAGCCAUUACCACGUUCGACAUUUUGGGUGUAUUCUUUGCUUUCUUCAGUAUUUCAUAAUAUUCACUACAAUCUUCUCAUAGACGGGAAUGGUCUCAUCAUAAACACAAGUUAAGACUGUGUAGCAUACAUGUGGCAUCAUCCAUAAGGACUGUACAGCUGACAGUUGUUGAUAAAUCA